GAACCGUCAGGACGCCCAGGGCCCCCAGCGGCGUGAGGUAACACGAGGAGGAGUCACGAGUGUCACCCGCGUGCAUGUGUAUGCGUGUGUGGCGUGAGCGGCGGCGGCGGCGGUGGCGGCGGUGGUGGUGGUGUUGUACGGUAACUUCCUCUCGGGUUGACCCAGUCCCGUCAGACCUGCGACGGCCACCGACCCGAACACAGCCCCGCGCACUCCUCCGGCCACCCGUCCCGUGCUCACACGCCUCCACGCCUCCCUCGCCACGCCGCCACCACUCAGCUACCGAGGACACCGGUCGCCGCUGUAGCACGCCGGCCAGGAGGCGUUGAGGGACGCGUCACCUCUGUUAGGUUAGAGGCCGCUGCAUUAUCUCUGACGCACAGGUCAUUGACCCCUGCAACGUGCCCUGACCUAAGGCAAGGUUGUGUGUGCCGCCGUGACAACCAAUCCUCGAGAUUUGGCACCGGCAGUAGUGAGUGUUAGCAGCGAGCAGAGUGUGGUGAGGCGCAGCAGUGCAAUCGUGUCCACCAGUCCUCUCAUAACAGUGCCAGCCAGCCGACACGUGUGGCAAGUGGUGUAGUCUGCACAGCCUCCCCCAGUCCACCCAGUGUGAGUGUGUACCGCUGUUGGGGGCCACGUACAGCGCCCCUGGUGAAGAAACAACCAAAGAAAACAUCAGGAGGGACAGGAGGACGGGUGUGAGCGGCAGCAAGGGCGCCAGUGUUGUGAGCGCGCGAGGAGUAUCUCGCCCAGAGGUCAUUCACCCCGGCACGGUGGUGGUGGUGGCGGCGGCCUUGUGGCCUCACCCUCUCACAAGUUCUUACGUUGCUCACACGCUGCCCCUCACGCCCUUAUCGGUGCCACCGACUCCCGUGACGCCCUUCGUGUGUGCUAGGGCGUGUGUGGCCACCGCAGGCCCGCAGUGGUGAGGCCUGAGUAAGGACUCAGCCUGUAGUGAGGUGCCGAGGGUUCAUUGACCCCGAGCUGUGAGCUGCGCGCACCACGCACACCCACCGCUGCCUCCACCACGCCCGCACGCCCACCACAGCUCCCUCCUCCUCGUAAUCAUCCACCCUGAGUUGUGCACAAAAUUGAAAAUGUACAUGGAGUGUAGAUCAUUGUGAGUGGGAGAGUGAAGAUAGUACAGGCGGUUGGAGGGUACCUGGUGACGCGGCGGCCGGCCCACCACCACCCCACCACAUCUUAUUACAAGCCCGUCACCACCCCGCCGCCCGGCAACACCCCGCCCCGCCCUCCGUCACCAGUGGUCCCGCCGGGACUCCCUUGGGCUUUUGUGGACACCCCUGUUACGCCAUCGUGGUGAGCCGCGCCGCCCCGUGCGAGGCGUGUCACUCAUCCCGUGGCACCCGGCGGACAGUGCCAUGCGAGUGGAGUACAUCGCCUAGUGUGUGGUGGCGCUGCGGUGUGCAGGGGUGCGGAGUCUCAGCUGGACUCAUGGUGCAGCACAUCUCCCUCACUCCCCCUGACUGUAGGUGCUUCUCCCCCGUGCUGGCCCUGCCUAUCUCCUCGGCUUUCCGCUCUAGAACUAUACCCGAUUACGCCAUCAUGGGGAGCAGCAGCGGGUAGCUCCCAGUGCUGUAUCGCCGCGAGUAUCGCCGCCACAAACGGAAAUGGGAAAUAACCCGAGCUGUGAGAGGUGAUCCCUGGCCGCCGCGGCUCCUCGACCGCCCCUAACGAAGAACUGUGUCCCUCUUUUCCUUCCUCUGUCCUUGCUACUUUAAGUGACUCGUGGCUUUAAACCCCGGCACGUGUGUGGUCACUGACCCGGCUGGACUGCACUGAGCGUUCGUGUUGUUGUUAUUAUCAUCAUCCAAACCGCUAUUAUUAUUAUUAUCGUUAUCGUAUUAUUAGUGUGCGUGUGUGUGUUCGAGUGUGUGAGUGUCCUGCCGCCUCACAUUGCUCGAUCCAAAAUAGGAAUUAAUCCACAGAAUUUCCGAGUAAGAAGUGACCCCGUAAUCCUGGAAAACUGGAUUCCCCGUCGAAGGACCAGUGGGAUUUCGGAACCCUCCUGAAGAGCCCGGAGGAAAACGUGGCGAAAAUGGAUAUUCUUAGCGAACUUUUUGGGCCUGGGUGGGCGAACGAGGUGACGGGUGACGCGGUAGACACAACCACCCCGUCCUCCUCCACGCCCACGCCCACCACCCGCCCGCCCUCCACCGAGAAGAAGUCAAACUCCAUCAAAGGUAAAGCCCAAAUUGAGAUCAUCCCGUGCAAGGUGUGUGGCGACAAGUCCUCAGGUGUGCAUUAUGGCGUCAUUACCUGCGAGGGAUGCAAGGGCUUCUUCCGGCGCUCACAGUCGUCUGUGGUAAACUACCAGUGCCCGCGCCAGAAGAACUGUGUCGUGGAUAGAGUGAAUCGUAACCGCUGCCAGUACUGUCGUCUUCAGAAGUGCCUCGCUCUCGGGAUGUCCAGAGAUGCGGUGAAGUUCGGGCGGAUGAGCAAGAAGCAACGGGAAAAAGUGGAGGACGAGGUGCGUUACCACAAGGCGGCCGCGCAGAUGGGUAUGGCGGGCCAGGAAACUUCGCCCGACUCCUCCAUGUAUGAAUCCCCGACGCCCACCUCCUCCGACCUCUACACCCCGACGUACUACGGCUCGGACAUCGCCUCCUUCACCUCCUCCAGCUACAACUACAUCCCCCAGACCACGACUCCAACGGUGCCCUUCGAGAUCAACCCAGAGUAUGUUGUUGACUCCACCACCUUCGACCACCGCCAGCCCUCAUUAGAGCCCCUGCCGGAGGUCUGGGGCCAUGUCACCUGUUGUGUCCUCAGGUGUGAUGGGCGCAGGUGUAAAGGCGGGUUCGCCCAGAGGCAAGCCAACUCGGGGGGAGGAGGAGGAGGAAGCGAGUUAGCUGGUGGUGGUCAGAUGCGGGGUGCUGGGCCUGGCGGAGGUGGGGGUGGAGGAGGAGGUGGUGGUGGUGAAGGAGGAGGGGGAGGAGGGGGAGGUGGUGGCGGUCUCAUGGGAGAAGCGGACAUCAUAAUCAAAGAAGAAGUAGAAACGUGCUUUAAUAUGGACACGCUGCAGACCACGAGGCUUUGUGGUACCAGCAGCAGCAUGUCAGACAAAAGCCUAACCUCUGUAGACAGCACCACCUACCUCCCCCCCGGGCCCGCCUCUCCGCCCCUAAGUCAGUCUCAGCAACAACAACAACAACCACAACAACAACAACAACAACCACAACAACAACCACAACAACAACCACCACAACAACAGCAGCCGCACCAGCAACUACAACAGGCGCAACUACAGCAACAGCAACACCACCACCACCACCAGCAACAGACGGGUGGUGGUGUCGCGGGCGCCACGGUGCUACCAGACGAAGAAACUGUAUCCCCUCACCCCACGCAGCUGGCUGAGAUCUUGGCUCGCUGGGUGGCCGACGCGCACCUCAGGACCUGCCUUUACUCCUCAGAACACAUAGCGGACGUCAUGAGGAAACAGUCCCUUGAUAUCUCCAAAGUCACUUACUACAAAAAUAUGGCUCACGAGGAGCUCUGGUUCGACUGCGCCCAGAAGCUGACGUCGGUGAUCCAGCAAAUCAUCGAGUUCGCGAAGGCCGUCCCGGGAUUCAGGAAGUUCUCGCAAGAUGACCAGAUCGUCCUUCUCAAAGCAGGGAGCUUCGAGCUGGCAGUGCUGCGGAUGACUCGGUACUACGACGUGAACCAGAACUGUGUGGUGUACGGCGACACGCUGCUGCCCAUGGAGGCCUUCCUCACCACGGAGACUGUGGAAAUGAAACUUGUUAACAACGUCUUUGAAUUUGCCAAAACUAUCGCUGAACUUAAAUUGACAGACACAGAGUUAGGCUUGUACUCUGCUCUUGUGCUGCUACAAGCAGAUCGGCCGGGCUUGCGCGGGACGGACGAUAUCACCAAACUCAAUGAAGCCGUCGGCCGAUCACUCCUCAUGGAGCUGGACAAAACCCACAGGUACCCAGUCAAGGGGGACGUGACCGUGUACGCCUUCCUGAUCGCCAAGAUGCCGGCACUCAGGGAGCUCAGCAUGCUGCACCAGGACGCCCUAAGCAAGUUCAAGCGAGCCGCGCCACACCUGCAGUUCUCGGAUCUCCACAAGGAAAUCUUCAAUGUGGAUUCCUGAGGUGCCUCUCGCGGACUACGUGGUAACGAAGUUCAGUGUGUUGGGGGAACAUCCUCCCCCUCCUCCUCCCCCUCCUCCUCCUCUUCCUCCUCCUCCUCCUCCUCGGCUCUGUUGCUCCAUCACAUCGUUUUAUACCGGAGAGUAACGUGUUGUACAUUACCUUCGUGAAUUGUUUGUUAGUGUUACUUGUUAGGGCAGAACACCCCUCCAUUACCCGGGCUCUUUUAUAAGAUACCAUUUCUAGAUGUGUUGUGAGUUUUACAGAGUCUAACAAGUGUUCUGUGUAGAGGAGAGGGUGCCGGAAGCCUCCACUGUAAUCUUAAGCAGCCCGCAGCAGCCCCACUGUAGAUUAUAAUGUUGAUCGUGAUGCCUUAUAAUCGAGAGGUCAGCACGCGGCUGCUUACGGACUCCUGGCUGCGCUAAUGAGUCUCCAGGAGAGGAUGGUUAAUAAAUAGUUCAAGGUUGAAGAAUAUACACAGUUUAUUUUUUAAGGAAUCAUGUAAUCGCCCUUGAGGAUGGUCCUUAUCUUUGUAAAUUGAAGAUAUUGUAUACUUAAAAAAGAAGAAUAUUUAAUUAUAUUAUUACGUAAACUGUUACACACUAAAAAUCUUUAUUGCCUUUUACAUAAAAACAAAAAAAUUGUUAUCACUCAUUCUUGUCAUUGUCAGAAUGGUAAACAAAAUUUGCCACUAAUAUCAUGUCAUCAGCUCCAUCAUUAUUUCACUUAAGUCUUUUUUUUUUUUUAUAUAUAAGUUUAGGUAGCUUUUAAUUUUGUAUAGUUUAAUUUAUUUUUGUUCAGCUUCUCCCAGCAAACACAUAUUGAAAUCAUAUAUUGUGCCAGUUAAUACUAAUCUGCAUCUGGUGUGGUCGAUCGGCCGCGCUUCUUGAGUCCUGGUGAGAAGCUGGCAACAAAGAGGACUGGAACAGAGGUACAAAGAGAGUCAGAGUCCCGCGGCAGAGAGGGGAGCGUCUCGCCGGGUCCUUAGCGUGCUUGGGGGGGCCAGGAGACCCACGCCGAGCCCAAGGCGACAACAUUACGGAAACUGUGUUAUGCUCAAGUGGCGGAGGAGAGCCGGUGUUAGCGUCCCGAGCGUCCAUCCCCGACAAGGCCUCAGACUCUUGGAAAACGCUGUGUUGCGUCCUUUGCCCAUUCCAGCCGUGCUAGAGUACAAAUAGGUUAGAGCGAGGCCAUCCUGCCCUGUCUUGUCUCCCGGACUCGCUGGCCGUGACCGCGUCCUCCCCCAAGUCUUGGUCUGAGGUUCUUAAAGCCGUCUUGAUCAGUCUCUGCGACCAGCGUGUGUUCAGGCCUGCGAGCCGCCCUUCCGUUGGCCCUUUGAUUUUACAUUUCCUCCAGUUAAAACCUUAUUCUUUUAUUCUUCUCGAGCUGACGUGGCUGGCUUGAGACCCGCUUGACUACAGACACACCCGGUGUACAGAAAGACAGCCUCUGGUGUAGUUAAGAAGGGCGGCAGACGCCGGAGGACCUCUCGUGCGUAGAGAACAUAGAGUCUAGUGUGCUUUCGGAGAGUUGGGGCCAGCUGGGUCCUGCCGCCACCAGGUCACAGGCUGCUGUACAAACUCCGGCCACCGCCACCCUGCUUACUGCUGCUGCCACCUACUGACUAUUUAUUGGGUGACGACCAUCUCCAGUCUCUGCUGUGCUUCACCAGGUGUCCCACACGGCCAGCAGCAGCGCGAGCAGUCUGUGUGUUCCGUGCAGACUCUCCUAUUGGUUAUUGUGGAUGAAAAAAAUAAGAAAGAAAAAAUACAAAAAAAAAAAUACUUCUUCGGUCCUUCCUCUAUGGGGUGCGGGAAAUAACCAGCUAUGGGGCGUCUUGUACUCACCACACAUAAACACAGGGGUUACAGUAAACUGGUAUUUUGGCUAA